ACUCAACACCUUCUUCUGCUCCACGUGUCCAUAUACUUGUGCAACUCCGAAUCACCUGCACAAGCACGUCCAAAACUGCCACAGCGACGAACACGAGACGUUCGGAGAGACCGAAUACGAGACGAACUGCGGUGGUCAGCAGACGUCCUCGGAUAAUCUGGACAUGAGCGCCUCUCACGGGCAGAAGCAGAGAGAGGUGGAUUACUGCCCGGACUGUGGGAAGAGCUUCAGCUGUCAGAGUGCUCUUAAAAGGCACCGGCACAUUCACACCGGCGAGAGACCGUUCCAGUGCCUGCAGUGUCAGAAGACUUUCAAUCGGCAGAGCGCCCUCAAGCUACACCUGCGCAUUCACACCGGGGAGAAGCCGUACCAGUGCUCGCAGUGCGGCAAGAGAUUCAUUCAGCUGAGCGCCCUCCGAACGCACCAGCGCAUUCACACCGGAGAGAAGCCCUACCAGUGCGCGCAGUGCGGGAAGAACUUCAUUCAGCUGAGCGCCCUCAAGACCCACGAGCGCAUCCACACCGGGGAGAAGCCGUACGACUGCUCCCAGUGCGGCAAGACCUUCAAUCAGAAGAGUCAUCUCAAAAAGCACCAGCGCGUUCACACCGGGGAGAAGCCGUACUGCUGCCUGCACUGUGGGAAGAGCUUUAACAACCAGAGUCACCUCAAGACUCACCAGCGCAUUCACACGGGGGAGAAGCCGUACUGGUGCUCGCUGUGUGGGAGGGGCUUCGCCGACAGGAGGGCGUUCAGGAUUCACCAGCGCGUUCACACCGGAGAGAAGCCGUACUUCUGCCCGCUGUGUGUACGCAGCUUUGCUCAUUCGUCGACGCUCAAGACGCACAAGUGCGUCGACUCCGAGCCGUCAGACUGCGCCAAAUGA